GCCUCGCUGUCGGUUGGCUCUUCCGCAAUCCGUGAUUUGCUCUAACUAUCUGCCCGACAGCUUUUCCUUUCCGUCAUCAUCGCUCUCCUCGCUCUACAUGUUCCCUCUCUUUCCUCUUUUCCCCGUCUCACACUCACAGAUGCGGUUUGGCUUUGGCUAAUGCGCUUCUGUAUUCUAUUUGUCUUUUUGGCUUGUCUCUCGAAGUCUUCCUUUUGAAUUGUGAACUAAAACUGAGCCUGUCUGCUUCCCCUCUCUCACUUUUUAUGUGUCCCUUUCUGCUUCUGAUGCGGCGCUUCUCUCGUUCUUCUCUUCUCUAGGGUUUUUGAGAAGCGAACCCCAUUUUGAUUUCUCAGAGAAAGAGAGAGAGUGAAUACCGUGUAGCUGUAAAAUGUUCAAUUUCUUAGUAAGGAAAGAUGUCAGGAAGAUUCUUAAGCGCAAGGAUAGUGAUGCUGGCGAAAAAGGAAAAGCUCUGGAAGAGUUGCGAGCGUCUCUUUUUAAUGAAUUUCGCUUGUCUGAAGGAGCAAGGCGUCAACGGCAAUGUAGAUGCGGCCCCAUUGCUGCCCUUACCUUCAAUUUUGUGGUUGCUGUUGGUAUUAUUUUCAUGAAUAAAUUGGUGCUUAAUCAAAUUAAAUUCAAGUUCCCUAUCUUUCUCACUUUUAUUCACUAUGUUAUAAGCUGGUUAUUAAUGGCUGUGCUAAAAGCCUUUUCUAUCCUCCCUGCAUCUCCUUCCUCAAAACUGACACGUUCAUCUACUUUAAUUGCUCUGGGCACCGUUAUGUCUCUAUCUACUGGGCUUGCUAAUGUCAGCUUAAAAUACAAUAGUGUGGGAUUUUAUCAGAUGUCUAAGAUCGCUGUAACACCGUCAAUUGUUCUGGCAGAAUUCAUUUUGUAUAAGAAGAGAGUUUCUUGCUCCAAGGUACUUGCACUUACAGUUGUAUCUAUUGGUGUUGCUGUGGCUACGGUCACUGAUCUCCAAUUUGACCUCUUCGGUGCUUGUAUAGCAUUGGCAUGGAUAAUACCUAGUGCAGUCAACAAGAUCCUCUGGUCCAGUUUGCAGCAGCAGGAGAAUUGGACAGCCUUGGCCUUGAUGUGGAAGACAACACCGAUUACCCUGUUAUUUCUGGUUGCUUUGAUUCCUCUGUUAGAUCCACCCGGUGCUCUCUCAUUUGAUUGGAAUUUUAAUAGCACAUUGGCUAUUCUCACAUCAGCAGUUCUUGGCUUCUUGCUUCAAUGGUCAGGUGCUUUAGCACUUGGGGCUACAUCUGCCAUCACCCAUGUUGUUCUUGGGCAGUUCAAAACAUGUGUUCUUCUUCUAGGAAACUUCUAUCUCUUUGGUUCAAAUCAAGGAAAAACUAGUAUUUGUGGAGCAUUCACGGCAAUUGCUGGUAUGUCUUAUUACACUUACCUUAACCUAGAGCAGAAAUCAAUCAAAACAUCUCCUCGACAAGCCUCCUCCUUACCUAUAUCCAGGCUGAGCAAAGAAAAUGGCAGCGUAAAUGAUGGAAACUAUGGUGGGGAAUCAGUCAAACAAGAUACCUAAACUUUUGAUAUGAAGAUUUUAAUGAAAAGAUGAAAUUCUUGGCAAACUUGAAUUACAUUAAUUCAACUUGACAUAACUUCUCCAAUUUCAACAAUUUUCUGAGUUCAGAGAAGCAGAGCUCUUUCUGUCACGUGUCAUUGUUUAUAGACGACUGGGUUGCUACAGUUAACAUUAGAAUAUUGUAAUACCUACUCCAGGGGGCUUGUGCAGAUCAUGUGGAGUAAUUUGCUAAUCGCCUGUCUGCAAACUGAACACUGUAUAUAUGAAUGAUUUGAGAAUUCUUUACUUGAAUACAAUUUUAUUUGGCUUU